AGGAAUUCAAAGGCUCAACAAUAGUUGAAUUGAUAAAGAAAGAAGGCACCACUUUGGGGCUUACAGUAUCUGGUGGAACUGACAAAGAUGGAAAACCAAGAGUGUCCAACCUUCGACAAGGAGGAAUUGCUGCUAGAAGUGACCAACUGGAUGUGGGGGAUUACAUCAAAUCUGUAAAUGGAAUCAACCUGACAAAGUUUCGCCAUGACGAGAUCAUUAGUUUGCUCAAGAACGUUGGUGAGAGGGUUGUGCUAGAAGUAGAGUAUGAGCUGCCACCUGCUUCUGUACAAGGUCCAGGUGUCAUUUUUAGAACUGUGGAAGUUACUUUACAUAAAGAAGGGAACACUUUUGGAUUUGUAAUUAGAGGUGGAGCACACGAUGACAGAAAUAAAUCCCGUCCUGUUGUAAUAACAUGUGUUAGACCUGGAGGUCCUGCUGACAGAGAGGGUACAAUCAAGCCUGGAGACAGGUUGCUUAGCGUUGAUGGAAUUCGGCUUGUUGGAACUUCACACAAUGAAGCCAUGUGUAUUCUCAAGCAGUGCGGGCAAGAAGCAACUCUGCUAAUAGAAUAUGAUGUUUCAGUUAUGGAUUCAGUAACAACAGCCUCUGGGCCACUGCUUGUUGAAGUUGCCAAAACCGCUGGUUCUGCUCUGGGAGUUGCACUAUCUACCUCAAUGUGUUGCAGCAAACAAGUCAUUGUUAUAGAUAAAAUAAAAUCUGCAAGUAUAGCAGACAGAUGUGGUGCGUUACAUGUAGGUGAUCAUAUUCUCUCUAUUGAUGGUACUAGCAUGGAAUACUGUACAUUGGCAGAAGCAACACAAUUCUUGGCUAAUUCUUCUGACAAUGUCAAACUAGAGAUCCUUCCUCAUCAUCAGACACGGCUGGCACUUAAAGGACCAGAGCAUGUGAAGGUUCAAAGGAGCAUCAAGCAGAUUCUAUGGGAUCCUUAUGCCAAGAGCCACAGCAGUGCCCUCAGUUGCCAUCAUUAUAACACCAAACACCCUGAUCAUUUCAGGAUGCCAGCUUUGAAAUGCCAGAAAACACCUCCUCAAAAAAGUCUUUCCUUGGUAUCUUCAUCAUUCUCUCCUGCCUCCAUGAGUGCAUACAGCUUGAGUUCACUAAAUAUGGGAACUUUACCUCGCAGCCUCUACUCUACUAGUCCUAGAGGAACAAUGAUGAGAAGAAGAAUGAAAAAGAAGGACUUCAAAAGCUCAUUGUCACUAGCCUCUAGCACUGUUGGCUUGGCUGGACAAGUUGUCCACACAGAAACCACAGAAGUAGUGUUGACAGCUGAUCCCAUUGUAGGAUUUGGGAUACAGCUCCAGGGUAGUGUGUUUGCUACAGAGACAUUAUCAUCUCCACCUCUGAUUUCCUAUAUAGAAGCUGACAGUCCAGCAGAAAAGUGUGGCAUUCUACAAAUAGGAGACAGAAUACUGGCUAUAAAUGGAAUCCUGACUGAAGAUAGCACAUUCGAUGAGGCUAAUCAGCUCCUCAGAGAUUCUUCUAUAACUAGCAAAGUCACUUUGGAAAUUGAAUUUGAUGUUGCAGAAUCUGUCAUACCAAGUAGUGGCACUUUUCAUGUAAAACUGCCAAAGAAGCAUAAUGUAGAACUUGGCAUCACCAUAAGCUCUCCAUCUAGUCGAAAACCAGGAGAUCCUCUUGUUAUUUCAGAUAUUAAGAAGGGAAGUGUUGCCCACAGAACUGGGACGCUGGAACUAGGUGAUAAAUUGCUUGCCAUAGACAAUAUUCGACUGGACAACUGUUCUAUGGAAGAUGCAGUUCAAAUCCUGCAGCAUUGUGAGGAACUUGUAAAACUAAAAAUUCGCAAGGAUGAAGAUAACUCUGAUGAACAAGAGAGCUCAGGAGCAAUUAUUUAUACUGUUGAGCUCAAGAGAUAUGGAGGACCUCUUGGGAUCACUAUUUCUGGUACUGAAGAGCCUUUUGAUCCCAUUAUCAUUUCGAGUCUUACUAAAGGUGGAUUAGCUGAAAGGACAGGUGCAAUUCAUAUCGGAGACCGAAUCUUAGCAAUAAAUAGUAACAGUCUGAAAGGGAAACCUUUGAGUGAAGCCAUUCAUUUGUUACAGAUGGCAGGAGAGACAGUGACCUUGAAAAUAAAAAAACAGACAGAUGCAUCAAGUCCCAAGAAAUUUUCUGCCUCUGGUCAUAUAAAUGAAUUAAGCGAUGCUGAAGACGAUACAGCCACCACACAGAAACCAGGCAAACUGUCUGACAUCUAUUCCACCACUGUCCCAAGUGUGGACAGUGCUGUGGAAUCAUGGGAUGGCUCUGGAAUGGAUAACAGCUAUGGAAGCCAAGGUCCCAGUUAUCAGGCUUCAGGAUAUAACUUCAAUACCUUUGAAUGGAGAAGUCCAAAACAAAGGGGCAGUUUAUCUCCUCCAAAUAGGCCCCGAAUCAACUCCUUCCAGGAUACAGGGCUAAGUGAUGAUGGAUGGGAUAAACCAGUAGCAAGUAGCUUUACAGGUGUCCCUGAGACUGACCAGGAGGAAAACUUCUGGUCCCAAGCCCUGGAAGAUUUGGAGACGUGUGGACAGUCAGGAAUUCUGAGGGAAUUAGAGGCCACAAUUAUGUCAGGGAGUACAGUGAGCCUGAAUCAUGAUAACCCUCAGGUUCGCAGCCAUCUAGGAAGACAAGCCAGCUUUCAGGAAAGAAGUACUUCGAGGCCACAUUAUAGCCAGACCACUCGAAGCAACACAUUGCCUUCAGAUGUGGGGAGAAAGUCCAUAGCCCUGAGGAAAAUGAAGCAAGAGAUGAAAGAAAUCAUGUCCCCAACUCCUGUGGAGUUACACAAGAUAACUUUAUACAAGGAUUCUGAUAUGGAGGACUUUGGAUUCAGUGUCUCAGAUGGCUUACUGGAAAAAGGUGUAUAUGUUAAAAAUAUUCGGCCGGAUGGACCUGGAGAUGUGGGUGGUUUGAAGCCAUAUGACAGACUACUACAGGUAAAUCAUGUUCGGACAAGAGACUUUGAUUGCUGCCUAGUUGUGCCCCUGAUAGCAGAGUCUGGUAAUAAAUUAGAACUUGUUAUUAGUCGCAACCCUUUAGCUUCCCAAAAGAUGACCUCAGAGCAACAGACUUUCCCAACAGGGGAGUGGAGCCAUCAAAACAACGCCUUCCUUCAACAAAGCGGACAUAACACUGGUUCAGAGAUGAAAUGGGAACCUAUGAACACUUUAUAGCCAAAAACUGUAUCAGUCCAAGAGAUUUAAACGGUGCUAUUUUUUUUAACAUGUCUGAUACACUGGAAACACAGAUACUAUCUAAUGUUGAGAAGCACACAGAGGAAGUUCUGAUUAUUUCUCAAGGCUCAUUCUUUGCUGCUUUCUUCCCAGUCCAGUUUUCUUCUCAGUUUUUUAUAACCACAAAUAGUGCCAUUUCAAGGUGAACUUAACAUGCAAGAGAAAUUAAUGAAGAAAGUACCUUUUUUUUCAUGUAGAUUAAUCAAAAGAAACAUUGUAAAUGAAAGAUAGCUCUUUUCGACCCCUAUCAAAUUUCUGAAAAGGGUAUCCCCAACUUGGAAUGUGGGGUUUUUCAAAAUUGGAACGUGGUUUAUUUUCAAAAUUUAUACUAUUCAUUCAGCUAAUUGAAUGAAGGAAUAUCAAAAUAUUACUACUGUGCCCAAAAGAUUAUUGUAUCAUAGUUGCUGUUUAAUAAAGUGUACAUCUGUUACCUCUGCUAAACAAAAAAAAAAGGGGGGGGGGGA